AUGUUAUUUUUACAGCCGUCUGAAGAGCAGAAGAAAGCAUUGGCGGCUGUCGAAGAUAUUGAUUAUCCGCGAUUUCUGGGCAGAGCUGGUCUUCGUUUGGCAACCUUCACUGAAAUUCUUUUUCAUUUCACGACUAUUUUGAUUCGUGACUUCGAUGUUGAUCGUUCGGUUCGAGUGAGUCUUUAUCUAUUAAAACUAAUGGCUAUUAGUAAGUUGAACUAUAAAGAUGUUUUGAUGAUUCGUAUGAAAGAAAUGAUUGUAUUCAUUCAGAAUCAUGCGCUCAAUAUCUUUCAACGUUAUCUUUCACAUAUGAAAGUGGCAUUCUGUGAUGAGGAGGUUGACGAAAGUAAUCCGUAUUGUCCACAUGUAAGCAAUGAACUUUUUGAGCAGCAGUUGAAAGCAAAACAGAAGGAUCUGAAUGUGCAAAAAGAAGGUCAUCUGCAGAUGGGAGAGAACAUUGUUUCGUUUAUAGCGAGCAAAGAACUUGAUGAGAAUUUGACAGCUCAUACCAGUCGAGAGGAGGCGAUUCAACAUGGCGAUAUUCAUUUGAUUGAACAGGUCAAAACCAAAAUAUCAGCCGAAGCAUAUCAUCGGAUUGUUUGUCUGUCGGAAGCAAUGCGUUUCGUAUUAGCCGUUUGUCAGAUGACGCAAAUACCUGAGCGACCGAUAAGUAUUGAUUUUCAUCAGCUGGUUUAUCGGUUUUGUCACAAUUUGAAUCUACCAUCUGUAUUCGCUGAGCGUGUUCAAGCAUUAAUUGUACAUGUCAAACCGAACAUUGAUCUGUCUGAGCAAUCCGUCGUACGAUUCGGUCGUUUUAAUUCGUCAAUUCUUUUGAAUUCAUCUGGCACUGGAUCACUUUUCUCCAUUCACAAAGGCUUUGAAUGCGAUAAAGAAAAGAAAUGGACAACGCAUGACGCUGGUGAAUGUAAUGUUUACCAAUCUGUUAUUCCAACACCCGAAGUGAAAGCUAUCGCUCUUAUAUUGUUUGCUUUGAAACUGAUGUUCGGAUUGGAUGAUCGACGUGAAUAUGAUAUGACCUCUCCGUCAUUUAGCGGUGAAGCCUGUCAAAUGGACGAAGUAUUCGAUUUCUCUUUAUGGUUACAUCAGCUGAGAAUGAGAAUGGACGUGUGGCGUGGACGAGCAUUGAAAAAUGUUCUAGAAAAAAAGACACGUAUUACGGUAAGUUGUGAUAGAGAACGAGAACUGAGAAGAUUUCGAUGGACCACCAAAUCCGGUGAUAAUCGGAAGGUUUUUCAGUAUCUGGGCAAUCCUGCUGCGCCACUGAAUGUUGCAUUCAAGGAUUGUGUACCGAAUUACAUUGUUAAAGAAUCGAAAGAAUUUGCCUUCUAUACGACCUUCGCGGAUGACAUUGAACCAAGACCAGCUGAGCAGCUGCACAAGGAAGCACUUCUAGCACCACUGCGCUAUCAAGCCAUCGCAAACCAGAAGCUUCGUGAGGAAAUAAUGGCCGAACAAACAGGUGAUAUCGUCAGCGAAGAGUUGUCAGCUAUAGACCGGUAUGAUGCCAAUGUGUUCUUGAAAUCGUUUACAACGAGCUCGAUGAAUUAUAAACCUGCUGAGGAAUGUACCAACCAUCAUUCACAAAGAAAAAUGAAGGAAGGGGGUUAUCCUCGACCGUUGUACUCGAAAUAUUUGUUGAAAUGGCAGAAACCUGGUUCGACUAAAUACGAGCCUCUAAUCUAUUCGAAAGAGCUGCGCCGCUUCGAUGAUUUGGAAUUCGAAUUUGAAACCGCCUUCGCUUUGGCGUCACUGAAGUGUUGGUAG